GCUCGUCCAACCUGACCCAACGCCUUUCGAAGAGGAAGUUACCUCCACCGAGAAGGUGCACGGAUCACUGGGGAGCAAUAUUCGGAACCCGUUUUGCACCGCGGGAUGCCCCCGAGUCCUCGUCCUUUUUCCUCCAGGAACCGCGGCUGUUUUUGUCGAGUUAUCAGCAAAGAGUAACGCAGCUUUAUCGUGAGUGCCACACGGGGAGGAGAAGGCACAAGUUUGCGCUGCCUUGUUUCCCCCCCCCGCCCCCCCACCUUGCUUCGGAGCCGCUUAAAUCCGCAAGAAUGUCGCAGGAUAGACCCACUUUUUACCGGCAAGAGCUCAACAAAACAAUGUGGGAGGUCCCGAAACGGUACCAGAACCUGUCUCCCGUCGGAUCUGGUGCCUACGGUUCUGUUUGUUCAGCGUUUGAUGUGAAGACAAGCCUGAAGGUAGCAGUGAAGAAGUUGUCCAGACCUUUCCAAUCCAUCAUCCACGCAAAGAGAACAUACAGAGAGCUACGGCUACUUAAACACAUGAAGCACGAGAACGUGAUUGGUCUCCUAGAUGUUUUCACACCUGCAACAAGCUUAGAAGAGUUCAGUGAUGUCUACUUGGUGACCCAUUUAAUGGGGGCAGACCUCAACAAUAUUGUCAAGUGUCAGAAGCUAACGGACGACCAUGUCCAGUUCCUCAUAUAUCAAAUUCUCAGAGGCCUAAAGUACAUUCAUUCUGCAGACAUCAUCCACCGAGAUUUGAAGCCCAGUAAUCUGGCUGUAAAUGAAGAUUGUGAGUUGAAGAUCCUGGAUUUUGGUUUGGCACGGCAUACGGAUGAUGAAAUGACUGGCUAUGUUGCCACUCGGUGGUACCGAGCCCCAGAAAUCAUGCUUAACUGGAUGCACUACAACAUGACAGUGGACAUCUGGUCGGUGGGCUGCAUCAUGGCCGAACUCCUCACCGGACGAACGCUGUUCCCGGGCACAGACCAUAUAAACCAGCUGCAGCAGAUAAUGCGUCUGACGGGGACCCCCCCAGCUUCCCUAAUAAGCAGGAUGCCCAGCCAUGAGGCAAGGAACUAUAUAAACUCCCUCACCCACAUGCCCAAGAGAAACUUUGCAGAUGUAUUCAUUGGUGCUAACCCUCUUGCUGUGGACCUGCUGGAGAAAAUGUUGGUGUUGGACACAGACAAACGGAUCACGGCGUCACAGGCGUUGGCUCACCCUUACUUUGCUCAGUACCACGAUCCGGAUGACGAGCCCGAAGCAGAACCUUACGACCAGAGCUUUGAAAGCCGUGAGCUGGAAAUUGAGGAGUGGAAGAGGUUAACUUACGAGGAAGUGAUCAGCUUUGAGCCACCAUCGUUUGACAGGGAUGAGAUGGAAUCGUGAAGAGGAGGAGGCCUCUAUCCUUUAUUAGAAACACACUUAUUUAAAAAAAACAAAAAACAAAAAAAAACUUGUGCGUCUGACUCACCCACUCUGUUCAUACACUCUCAACACCACAAUGUUCAAGUGCCUGCCAUAUUUAAAUCUCUCGGGGGGGGGGGGGGGGGUUCAUUUUCAGGGACUAAACUUGACUUUGUGUUUCUCUCUUUUUGUUAGUUUCUAUACAAGCUAAUGAUUUUGUGAAAUUAGCAACUAGUAUUGUAUUCUUUAGAUUCUCAGCAAAUUGGAGCAAUUUAUAUUUCAUUGAUAAUCAAAACCAUACUUGAUAAACAAGCAGGAUAAAAACAUUUCUAAGAGAUAUCAAAUGUAUCCUCAUCCACUUUCAAAUGAUAUAUUUUUGGACAUGGAAUUGUUUUAGAAUUACAACAAAAGAAGUGGUUGUUUAAGAAAAUAAUUUAGCCUGGCCAGUAAUCAUAUUGGAAGAGAUUUAAUAAAUACAGCAUGUUGUCUACAGUAUAUGUAACACACACACACCUCUGUGGAGUGCAGUUAAGGCUUUGUUUUUAUAUUUGGAUGGAAAGGCUUUCAUUGCUGCUGCUCUUUACAUCC